UUCGUGGACCAACAAGCUGUGGCGGUAGAAAGCCUAAAAUAUCUGUCAAUCACCCAUGUCAAAGAUAAGACCUAGAGCUGCUUCUCCUCUUCGCUAAACAUAAAAGCAAGAAGAAUUUAAUAUGAAGUGAUCAACCUCAUUUUAAGAGAGAGAGAGAGACGCUAAAGAGAGGAAGCCGAAGGGAGGAGGACCCCCUCCUUCCUCCACUUCUAUCAACCUCUCAGGCAUUUUCAUUAGUAAUAGGCACGUUUUCACAGCAUUCUCUACAAAAUCUUGACACGUUUCUUGGAACCCAGCAGUAGGACCCAGUCCCUUCAAGUAUAUAUAGCCACAUCCCUCUUCCCCUCUCCCUCCAAGUAUUCAUAUUCUGAACUCCCUAAAACAAACUAGCCGCACAAAGCUUGCACUAAGAGGGUUAUAUCUUCCGGCCCCAUUAGCAUUUGUUUUUAAAAGUUCCUUCUUUUAGAUCCAUCAAACCUAUGGAUCCUUUUUCUGAUGAUGAAGAGGAACUACAUGGAUGGCCAACUCCUUCUGAGGUCUUACAAGAAAUCAAAGCCAUAGGGAAGAUUUCUGGUCCGACAGCAAUUACAGGUAUUAUUCUUUAUUCAAGAGCCAUGAUCUCCAUGCUUUUCCUUGGUUAUCUUGGGGAACUUGAGCUUGCUGGUGGCUCCCUCUCCAUCGGCUUUGCCAACAUCACUGGAUACUCUGUUAUCUCUGGAUUGGCUAUGGGAAUGGAGCCCAUUUGUGGACAAGCUUAUGGUGCGAAACAAUGGAAGCUUCUUGGCUUGACCCUUCAAAGAACUGUUCUUCUCCUGCUCUCCACCUCUAUUCCCAUCUCUUUCAUGUGGCUGAACAUGAAGAGAAUACUUUUAUGGUGUGGCCAAGACCAAGAAAUAUCUUCAAUGGCUCAUACUUUCAUUCUUUUUUCCAUCCCUGACCUCUUCUUCCUUUCUCUUCUCCACCCACUUCGCAUCUAUCUUAGGACCCAAAGCAUCACAUUACCAUUAACUUACUGUUCAGCCAUCGCUGUUCUCCUCCACGUCCCUCUAAAUUUUCUACUUGUUGUCCAUUUCAAAUUGGGUAUUGCAGGAGUGGCCAUAGCCAUGGUUUGGACUAAUCUCAAUGUCUUUCUCCUUCUCUUUUCCUUUGUCUACUUCUCUGGUGUACAUAAAGAUUCAUGGGUUUCUCCAAGCAUGGAUUGCCUCAGAGGAUGGUCAUCUUUGCUUUCUCUUGCAGUGCCAACUUGUGUUUCUGUUUGCCUUGAAUGGUGGUGGUAUGAAUUUAUGAUAAUGCUAUGUGGUCUUCUUGUUAACCCAAAAGCCACCAUAGCUUCAAUGGGAAUCCUUAUCCAGACAACCUCUUUAGUCUACGUCUUCCCAUCAUCUCUAAGCCUUGGAGUCUCAGCCAGGGUUGGGAACGAGUUAGGGGCUAACCGGCCGGCGAAAGCCCGCAUUUCCAUGAUUGUUUCUCUGGUAUGUGCACUUGCUUUAGGCCUGCUGGCGAUGCUAUUCACAAUAGUAAUGAGGCAUCAAUGGGGAAGAUUUUUCACCAGCGAUGCAGAGAUUCUGGAGCUUACUGCAGUAGCAUUGCCAAUUGCCGGACUGUGCGAGCUGGGAAAUUGCCCACAAACAACUGGUUGUGGAGUUCUAAGAGGAAGUGCUAGGCCUACCAUCGGUGCUAAUAUCAAUUUGGGUUCAUUUUACUUGGUUGGUAUGCCAGUGGCAAUCUUGAUGGGGUUUGUAGCAAAAAUGGGAUUUGCAGGGCUCUGGCUUGGGUUGCUUGCAGCUCAAGCCUCCUGUGCGAUCCUCAUGCUAUAUGUGUUAUGCAGAACAGACUGGAUAGUUCAAGCAGAGCGAGCAAGAGAGCUCACAAAAACUUCUGCAACUAAUAACACUUCAAUGUUACCAACAUCAUCAUCAAAACCAGAAUAUAUUACUAACAACAAAAAGGCUAAUCUUGAAGAGGUAUUGUGCAUUAAUGAUGAGCUUGUGAAGUCAACUUCACUUGAAACAGAUCCUCUGAUAUCUACAACAACAACUGUGCAUUGAUUAGAGUCCACUUCCCCACCAUUUUUGCCCCACUCUUGAGGAGCUGAUGUGAAAUUUUAUUUAUUAGAGUUCCUAUUCUACUUGUACUGUAGAUCAGCCUAUUCCUUUUCUUUCUUUCCUUCUUUUAAAUUCCCUACUUCUCCUUGUUGUACUAAUAACAUUGUAGAAAAAGAGUAGACAUAGUUUACAUUA